UUGACAUCAGUGUUGGAUGGGCGGUUUUAUUAGUUUUAUCUGGAUGGGGAGUUGCUGCAGACACCUGCUAUUCCAAGUGCCCGCCUGGACUGGGUUAGGGCAAGACUCUGAGCUGAAAGAGCCGGAGAGGAGAUGAAAAGGCUUGUAGUUUUAAAUUCAAUGUGACAGCUCUGGAAAGAGAGGAUGAUGAAUCUCCUAUUAUUGGAUCAGUCUAUUUGCCGCUCAAUGUCUCCCUGUAAUUGGAGCAACAUCACUUUAAAGGUUCAGAGAGUAGAGCAGUUCUGGUGAAAAAUCCCCACAACACGCCGCCUGAGCUAAUUAUUGGGAGCUUGAUGUUGAUAAAGUUAAAGCGCCCGGGCGCCCUCCAGCAUGAGCCCCUUCCCGCACCGCCGCCUGCUCCCGCCGCCCCGCGCCGCGCCGCGCUAGAGCCGCCCCCAUGAUGGACAGCCGCCUCCUGGAGCAUCCCCAUGCCCAGUUCGGAGGCAUGGUGGGCUUCCCUUACCCGCUCGGCCACCACCAUGUCUACGAGCUGGCCGGGCACCAGCUGCAGUCGGCGGCCGUGCCCUUCUCCAUAGAUGGAUUACUGAACGGCUCCUGCGCCGCCUCCGUGGUGAACCCCGCGCCGCUCCUCCCCGCGGGCUGCGGGGUGAAUGGGGACAGCCAGCCCUUCAAGCUCUCAGACUCUGGUGACCCGGACAAGGAAAGUCCUGGCUGUAAAAGAAGACGAACCCGCACGAAUUUUACUGGUUGGCAACUCGAAGAGCUAGAAAAAGCCUUUAAUGAAAGUCAUUACCCGGACGUGUUUAUGAGAGAGGCGCUGGCUCUGAGGCUGGACCUGGUGGAGUCUAGAGUGCAGGUUUGGUUCCAAAAUCGCCGGGCCAAAUGGAGAAAGAAAGAGAACACCAAGAAGGGCCCGGGCCGGCCGGCCCACAACUCCCACCCCACCACGUGCAGCGGGGAGCCCAUGGACCCCGAGGAGAUCGCCCGCAAGGAGCUGGAGAAGAUGGAGAAGAAGAAGCGCAAACACGAGAAGAAGCUGCUCAAGAGCCAGACCCGCCACCUGCACUCGCCCAGCAGCCUCUCCAUGCCCAGCUCCGACAGCGACAGCGGCGGGGGCGGCCUCUCCCCGGACCCCCCCGAGGCCAAGCCCCGGGGCGCCCCGCACCCGGCCCCCACCGAGCCCCCCAGCAGCUGCGACCAAACGGGCCAAGCCUUCUACCCGAGCCAAAGAAGCGGCGCCGGCCGGCUGCAGCGGCUGCCGGACAAGGACUCGGCCGGCUCCCCCGCCUCCUCCUCCGACUGUGGCGCCGGGCCCCGGGGCGCCGCCAGCUUCCACAAGCUCAACCCGUUCAGCGUGGAGAGCCUGCUGUCCGACUCGCCGCCGCGCCGGAAAGCGGGGCUGGACUUCCCGGGCCUGCAGCCCUGCGCCCCCCGCACGCUCAUCGGCAAGGGCCACUUCCUGCUCUACCCCAUCACCCAGCCGCUGGGCUUCAUUGUGCCGCAGGCUGCGCUCAAAGCCGGCCCGGGCGCGGAGCCCGGCCAGCCGCAGAGAGACUCCCCUCCUCCGCCCGCGGCUCCGGAGCCCGGCUGCGUCCACGCCGGCAAACGCGCCACGAACUCGGGCCCGGGCCACUCCGCGAACUGCAGCCCGGCGGAAAGCAGCGGCAGCCGCCACCCCGGGUCGGGCGCGGGCGCGGAGCAGCCCGCGGCCACCCCUUCCGCCUGCCAAGCGGACAGUGGCGGCAGCAGCUUUACCCAGCCAAAGUCUCCCGUCCUCACAAAAGACGCUCGCAAAUCCAGAGACCAAUCGGACUGUCACUCGGAGCCCAGCUGCCCCGCAGAAGCCAGCGGUCCAGACUGUGAAGAAGUCGACAUGGACUAAAACAGACCGACCCAGAACUAUCCUCUUCAGCCCCAGACUUCGGACAUUCCCAAAGCUGAACCCCCACCCCCACGCCUGCCUCACACACACACACGAGAGAGGGAGAGCUUACAGGUCGGGAGCCCUUCCUCUUAGGGUUCGAACCCACAGAGCCGAUCCGGUGAUCAGUGACAGCUUGGGGGUUCCUUCCCCCCCCUUUUUUAUUUAUUUAAAAAAAGAAAAAGGGAAAACUGUUUAAAAUACAUUAGCAGCAGCUGGACGUUGUUGUGUGAACUAACUGUAAAGAGACACAAAAAAAAAAAAACCCACAACGAAAAUCCUCAACCUUGUAAAAUGCAAAAAUGUCUAAGAAUAUUUAUAUAUGUAAAAUUUUUGAUAAAUAAAGCUUUUAAAACUC